AUGGAUGAUACAACGCGCGACCAGUCGGACGGCCAUAAGGCCUUGCUAGAACUCGAGGCAAAGUUCAACACCAAAGCCCGAUCAGGAUCCCUUGGUAUUCAAGGGUCACAGAUACAAGCCUUGACUGGUUUUAUUCAUAUAUUUGAGCAUUAUCCUUAUCCUGUUGUGAUCAACGCGGCGAUCUUGAAACUAGCAGACUAUUUUCGUAUACACAAUAAUAUUGUCAAGUAUUAUGUUUAUAAAGUGUUUAAAGAAGCAUCCGACCUUCAUUUAGCCAAAGUGUUUAAUAUAGAAGAGACUGUGAGACGUAUCUUACCUAUUCUCGGCAGUAAUGACCCAAUUGCUCGGUCUAUUACACUUCGUGUGCUCGGUUGUAUGUCUAUGAUUAUUGCAGACAAAUUAGAUGUUCAGUUUGGAAUUAUGCAGCGCUUAGAACUAGCAACAGACCAAGUUGAAUUAGAAGCUGCUAUUUGGGCAGGAGAUCAAAUAUGUGCAAGAUCAAAUCGAUUUCCUUCAGUCAUCUUCUCUAAGAUUGUAGAUAAGCUAGAGAACCCUCAUACUCCCUUUGAGAUCAAAUUGGGACUUGUGAAAAUAUUCAGACAUAUGCAUCAAGAUAUUGGUAUGGCAAGACAAGCCAAAUUGACUUGCCUUGUUUUACUUGAGAAUCCCAACACAGACAGUAAAUUAGUUAUUGUCACGCUAAGAACAUUGACUUUACUUUUAAAUGAAGCAGUAAUUGAUCGAAAAGAGCAGGUAUAUCAUAUUUUAUCUUUUCUCCCCCUUUUUUGUUCUAAUAUGAUGUAA